GGCGCUUACAUCGAUUCGCAGGAGGCAUCGAAGGAGUCUGUGCCCGUUUAAAGUGUUGGAUAUGGCUAGCGUAAAGAGAGUUACUUUAUCCGUGGAGGAACGAUUAAUGGUCUUAGAUGACUUGAAAACGUUCAGCGUUUCGACCGUUGCGAAAAAAUACAAGGUACAUACAUCAACGAUUUGGAGAAUAAAAAAUAACGCACCAAAAGUUAUGGAGUUCAUUGACAAAGGGAAGCUGCAGCAAAAGCGACGAAGAAUCAGACCAUCCUUAUACGACGCAAUGGAGCAAAAUUUGCUGGCUUGGUUCAUCGAAAGAAGAACUCUUGGUGAUUUCAUAUCGAAUGCCGUACUUGUGCAAAAAGCAAGGGAAUUAAAGGACAGUAUGGAGUUGCCAUCGGAUUUUAAAGUUAGUAAGGGCUGGUUAGAUGGGUUCAAAAAAAGACAUAAUGUGUGUUUAGAAAAAGUGUAUGGGAAAAGUAGAAGUGUUGAUGAAGAUUCCGCGAAAAAAUGUUGCAAUAAUUUUGUAAAAUUAUUGGAAGAUGGCAGUAUAAAUGAAGACAAUAUAUACAACAUGGAUGAAACUCAGCUUUUAUGGAAAGCCUUACCAUUAAAAAUAUUGAAAAGAGAAGAAAAGUCUGUAACUGGGUACAAAAGCUGCAAAGAACGAAUUACGGUAGCACUAUGUACAAAUGCAUCUGGGACACACAAGUUGAUGCCAUUAGUAAUUAAUAAAUAUGAAAAUCCUAGGUCUCUGAAACAUUGCAAAAGUAAUCUUCCUGUCAUCUUUAAGUCUCAGAAGAAUGCGUGGAUGUCACAAAUAUUGUUUUGUGAUUGGUUUCAUAAUUACUUUAAGCCCAGUGUGCGGGCAUACCAACUAAGCACUGGAAUGAUUGGUAAAGUCAUUUUAUUAUUAAACAAUUGCAGAAGACAUACAGUGCCACCAGAAUUAUUUGACGAAGAUGACUUUAUAAUUAUGUAUUUUCCUCCAAACACCACCAGCUUAAUUCAACCAAUGAACCAGGGCAUAAUAGCUAAGCUGAAAGCUCUGUAUCGCCAUAAAACAAUACAGAAAGCUGCUACAUACCAAGGUGGAAUAAAUGAAUUUCAAAAGCAAUUUACAUUAAAAGAUUGCAUACAAGUAUUGCACGAUUCAUGGAUGGAAGUAUCAGCAGAUAAUAUUAUUAAUUCCUGGAAGAAACUUAUUCCAAAUCAAACAGAUACAUAUUGUCGUACUAUGAGGCAGAACUUAAGCAAUUUAACAGGUGAUUCGUACACACAAGAGGAUAUUGCCCAAUUUAUGUCCAGUUGUGAAGAUGAAGAAACAAGAUCCGCAGAGGAGGAAGAUGAAGAAAAGAAGGAAUAUGAAGAGAUGCAAGAAAAGCAGACAGAUGAAGAGAUGCAAGAAAAACAGGAAUAUGAAGAGAUACAAGAAAAGCAGGAAUAUGAAGAGAUACAUGAAAAGCAGGAAUAUGAAGAGAUACAAGAAAAGCAGGAAUAUCAAGAGAUGCAAAGAAAGCAGGAAUAUCAAGAGAUGCCAGAAAAUACAGAAGAACAAGAGAAUAAAAGAGAGGAACUGCAAUAUUUAUUUGAGCGUUUGGACCAACACGUAUCGCAAGAAGCGCCUUUUAUUCAAAAUAUAUAUCAGGUCUUCAAAAACCAUUUGUUAGGUACCGAUGAUUAACAUCUGGAAAUAUCCACGGAAUGUAGGAUAAAUGAAUCUAGACAUCAUUUUAAAAUACUUGCAGGGUGGUAC